AUGCUAGCUGUUAGCUGUGGUCACCCUGGUAGUCCAAUUUAUGGAAGAACAAGUGGAAACGGUUUCAACUUCAAUGACGUUGUGACAUUCUCAUGUAAUACUGGUUAUGUUAUGCAAGGACCAACUAAAGCACAGUGUCAGACUAAUAGACAAUGGAGCCACCCACCUCCAAUAUGCAAAGUGGUGAAUUGUUCUGAUCCUGGAAUUCCUGCAAAUUCCAUACGAGAGAGUAAAAUAGAACAUGGAAAUUUCACAUAUGGCACAGUGGUAUUUUAUGAUUGUAAUCCUGGUUAUUUUUUAUUUGGUUCUUCGGUUUUAGUUUGUCAACCAAAUGGCCACUGGGACAAACCUCUGCCUGAAUGCAUUAUGAUUGACUGUGGCCAUCCUGGCGUUCCUCCUAACGCGGUCCUAUCUGGAGAUAAAUAUACAUUUGGGUCUACUGUUCAUUAUACUUGCACAGGUAGACGUUCUCUGUUAGGGCAGUCAUCUCGUACAUGUCAGUUAAAUGGACAGUGGAGUGGAUCUCUUCCUCAUUGCUCAGGUGAUACAGCCGGUUCUUGUGGUGAUCCAGGUAUCCCAGGUCAUGGGUCUAGGGAAGAAAACAAUUUUAAAAUUAAAAGCACAGUACAUUUCAGCUGUGAUAUUGGAUACAUUCUCCAUGGCUCAGAAGAAAGAACGUGUCUGGCAAAUGGAAGUUGGACUGGGAGACAACCUGAAUGUAAAGCUGUACAGUGUGGUAAUCCAGGGACAACUGCUAAUGGAAAAGUAUUUCGUAUUGAUGGAACUACAUUCUCUAAUUCAGUAAUUUAUUCAUGUAUGGAAGGAUACAUACUUUCUGGAUCAUCUGUAAGACAAUGUACUGCCAAUGGAACAUGGUCUGGAUCCUUGCCAAACUGCACAAUUAUUAAUUGUGGAGAUCCAGGAGUUCCAGCAAAUGGCAUGAGAUAUGGUGAUGAUUAUGUGGUUGGACAAAAUGUUACUUAUAUGUGCCAACCUGGAUACACAAUGGAAUCAGAUAGCUCCUCCAUUCGCACUUGUACUAGCAAUGGCACAUGGAGUGGAUCAAUCCCAACAUGCAGAGCUGUUACCUGCCCAACUCCGCCACAGAUCUCUAAUGGAAGGUUGGAAGGAACAAACUUGGACUGGGGAUUUAGCAUUAGCUAUGUUUGCUCUCCGGGCUAUGAACUCUCUUUUCCUGCUGUUUUGACUUGUGUUGGGAAUGGAACUUGGAGUGGUGAAGUACCUCAGUGCUUGCCAAAGUUUUGUGGUGAUCCUGGAGUACCCUCUCAAGGGAAAAGAGAAGGCAAGAGCUUCAUCUACCAGUCAGAAGUCUCGUUCAUCUGCAAUCUGCCUUUUAUUUUGGUUGGCUCCAGCACCAGGAUUUGCCAAGCAGAUGGCACCUGGAGUGGUUCUUCACCUCGAUGUAUAGAACCUACUCGUACAGCAUGUGAAAAUCCAGGAGUACCAAGACAUGGAUUGCAAAACAACACAUUUGGCUAUCAGGUAAAGUAUGCUAUCUUUUAUUAA